AUCGAGAUCCGUCCAAUCCCUCCGGCGCGGUGUCCGAGCCGUAUUCCCCAGCGCGCCGCCGGAGUGUGGUGAGGGUUCUGCCAAUCGCGGGCGGGCAGAGCGGGGCCAGGGAUGCGCGGGGCUCGGAGCGCAGACAAAAGAAGUUAAAGAGCCGCUUAAUAUAUACAUGUUUUUGAAGGCGGGUAAAGGGAAAAAAAUAACAACAGCGAGCGUAGAUGGGCUUGGCUGUGUCGUUAUGGAGCCCCCUUUGAGCAAGAGGAACCCGACACUGAGAUUAGCGGAUUUGGCAGCGUCUCAGCCCCAUCCUCACCAGAACAUGACAGGCUUCCCGGGGCUGGGGAACCACCACGUCCACCCCCACCACGCGGCCCACCUCCACCCCGGGGACGCGGGCGGCGACCCCGGCGGCGCCCUCACGCCGCUCGGACCCGAGCACAUGGCGCAGCCCGCCGCCCUCAAGCUCACACCCGAGGCGCUCACCGCCGCCGCCGCCGCCUUCGCCGCGCCCGCGCCACCACCACCGCCGCCACCGCCGCCGCCACGGCCGCCGCCGCCACGGCCGCCGCCGCCACCACCGCCGCCGCCUACGCGCCGCCCGCCGCCGCCCUCCCGGGAUACCCGUCGGGGGGGGGCGGCGGGACGGGACUUCCUCCUGCGGCGGGAGCUUCCCGCUGCCGCCGCCGCCGCCGUCCACGGGGCACUGGGAGAGCAGCACCCGCCCGUCGGCUCCCCCCACCUUCCGCACCCGCCACCCCACGGCGUCUUCAUCUCGGCCGCGGGCACCUACGGCGCAGCCGACGGGGCGCACGCCGCCUUCCCGCCGCCGCCGUCCGGCGAGCAAGGCGCGCCCGCCGGCCGCCACCCGCCGCUCAACGGGCAGAUGCGCCUGGGGCUGGCGGCCGCCGCCGGGGAGCUCUACGGGCGCGCCGAGGCGCACUACGGGGCUGCCGCCGCCUCCUCCUCCUCGGCGUUGCAAGGCUACGGCUCCGUCAACCUCAACCUGGCGGCGGCCGGCCACGGGCACCCGCACCACCCCCAUCCCCACCACCACCACCAUCACCACCACCACCAUGCCCACGUCGGGGCGGCGGCGGCGGCGGCCGGGGCCUUCCUGCGGUACAUGCGACAGCCCAUCAAGCAAGAGCUGAUCUGCAAAUGGAUCGACCGGGAUCCGCCUCCGCCGCCGCCACCGGGCGGUAGGAAGCCUUGCUCCAAAACUUUCAGCACGAUGCAGGAGCUGGUGAGCCAUGUCACCGUGGAGCACGUCGGCGGGCCCGAGCAGAGCAGCCACGUGUGCUACUGGGAGGAGUGUCCCCGCGAAGGCAAGCCCUUCAAAGCGAAAUACAAACUCAUCAACCACAUCCGAGUGCACACGGGAGAGAAGCCCUUCCCCUGCCCCUUCCCCGGCUGCGGGAAGGUCUUCGCUCGUUCCGAAAACCUCAAGAUCCACAAGCGGACUCAUACAGGGGAGAAGCCUUUCAAGUGCGAGUUUGACGGCUGCGAGAGGAAGUUCGCCAACAGCAGCGACCGCAAGAAGCACUCCCACGUCCACACCUCGGACAAGCCCUACUACUGCAAGAUUCGCGGCUGCGACAAGUCUUACACCCACCCCAGCUCCCUGCGGAAGCACAUGAAGAUCCACUGCAAGUCCCCACCGCCCUCCCCGCCGCCAGGCUCACAGGGCUAUGCGGCGGCGGGGCUCCCCGACUGCCCACUGCCCCCCGAGGCCGACCCGGCCGCCGAGCCGCCCCGUGGCCGCGCCGCCGCCCUGUCCCCGCCGGUCACCAACCUCAGCGAGUGGUACGUCUGCCAGGCCGGGGGGGCUCCCCGCCGGCCCCGCACCCCCUCCAGCCGCGACACCUCCCCGGCUUCCGAGGAGGACGAGCCCCAUAGGACCUCGGGGGGCAGAACUGCUCCCUAGGGCCAUGCUGAGCCGCGCCAAGCUGCCGCCGGUGGCCCAGCCCCACCACAGUGGCCUGGGCUGCAGCAGCCACCUGGCAUGGGGGGUUGCUCUGGAAGUGUCAUCAGGUUUGACUCGCGCUAUUUAUUCCAUGUAUGAAACCCUAUGGUGUUUAUACGGUAACUAAUUUAAUUAAAGAGACUUGGACCUUUUUUUUUUCCCUUUGGUAAGAAGAAGCAUUGUAAUGCCAGGCUGGGCCAUCUCAGCCACUCGCGCUGCACGGUGUGCAGGGGGACAGUGCCAAGGGAGAUAUCCUUCUCCUAUCCUGCCCGUGCCCAUUGCUCUUAUCAAGAGAGUUUGCUGGUGAAGGCUGCGAGCUGGCAGAGCCCAGCCGCUCUCUGGAGUGGCUCUUAAAUACCUUAGCUGCCACUCAGCGCCUCCUCUUUGGCCUGGGUAAAGCCCCAGGUCAGCAGCAGCCUCCUGACUGUAAAGCAGCACCUGCUAAAAUCCAGCCAAUCGAGGACAGGUUGUGCAUCCCUCAAAAUAAAAUUAAAUAAAUGCAUUUUCCUACCCCUCUUGAAGUUCAGCUCCUUUGUAAUUGAUGGUUUCUCUCCCGAGUCAGUGGGUCCCACCUGCACCCGGCGUUUUCUCUGCAGCCUUCUUUCUUUCUCCCUUAGUCCUAACCAUGUGCAAACGAUUUAGGGAAGAAAAGACAAAAGAUGCAGGACUCCUUUAUCACUCCUACAUGGUUUGUACGUGUAUGGCUCCUAAUCCAGAGAAUAAGAGAAACCCGCUGCUAUUUGACAACUGUGAUAUUGUGAUACAUUUUGGAUAUAUUUUUUUUUUAAACACAAAGACAGACAGCGAAUUUCCCUUUUCUCGGGCUUGGUAUUAUUAAUACUCUGGUUGUUAUUGCUUUUUAAAGUUUGUCUCGCAGAGGAAGACUUUGUCUCAUCCUCCCUCCAGCCCCUUCGGGAUUGGGAAGGGGAGCAGCCCCCCAGGUCCAGCGAGUCCUGGAGUAGGGGGCAGGGAUAGAGGGAUUGUCUUUUUAUUAUUAUUUUUAUAUAUAUUAUUUCCUCUCUCCAACCGAGCCGAUGCCUGCGCGCUUUUCACCAUCCCCCUGAAGUGGCUCGGCAGAGUCACCUGGGAGGAGGGGACAGGAGCUGCUGGGAAAGAAGCGAGGGGUGGGGAAGCAGGCUGCCGUCGGGGUUCUAACUGCCCCCCAGCCCCAAGGGCCCAGCCCAGCGGCCGAGGGGCUGCGGGGCGCGGGGGACACUCCGGCCUGUCGCCCAUCCGUCAGGAGCCAGGCGCAGGGCGCAAAUGAAGUAAAGAGCACUAAUUCCUCCUCAGAGACCCUGAGAGGAGAAGCGGCAGCCUCCCUCCCCUCCCCCAGGGCUCGACGAAAUGUGUUUUGUGUGCCGUGAAUGGUAGAUGUCGUCUUGUCAUUGUUAAUAACGUGUAUGUGAACGCGAUUAUUUUGUACAGUCGAAUUAAUUUAUUUUCUGACAUCACCCUUUUUCUUUCUUUUUUUUCCCCCUCCCCUGGAACAGUACAGAGCACACCAAAGAAUUUUCUUAUUAAUUUUGGUGAUAGAUUGUUGUUUAUGAUGCUGUGGUUUGUAAAAAAACAAACAAAAUUAUAUUUUUCAGCUUACUUGAAAGACUGAUGUAAUGUGAAACAGACUCUUCCUGCAUGUGCUCCGUGCGGUGUGUUGGUGCUGAUAUAUAUAUGUAUAGUUCAUAGAGAUAUUAUAUUAUUAGUACAGUGCAUGGUGCUGUCACUCUGGAAGCCUUUAAACGUUGUCUUCAUAUUGUUGUGUUGGAUCUAAAGAAGCAGGUGUUACUUUAAAAACAAACAGAAAACUUGAAUAGAAAAUAAUUUUUUAAAGUUCAUUCGAUUUGCUUUUUAUUCGUUUUUCAAAGCCCAUUUGAAUAAAUAGAAAAUAAUAAAGGAAGGUAUGGACUUUUUAAAGAAUAAUUUAUGUAAUGUAAUCUUAUUAGAGAUAUAUUGGUGCUGAUUUAUAAACGAACUUUUUAAUUUAUGCAUUUUUUUAACAACAGAUUGCACUAUACAUUACGACAUGGCAGGGUUUAUAAACUGUGGCUCGGGGGGAUAUAUCACUAUUUUUAUGUACUUGCUACACGUAGGGUUACACAAUUCCCCAACAAUUUUAUGACACAUGAUACCUCCUAAAUAAAAAAUGCUAAUUUAAAAUUUUUCAUCUCUGUAAACGCCAUAAAAAGCAAAAAAAAAUUAUCAUGCAAAUGAAUAAAAAUAUUAUUCCUAUGUA